ACUAGUUUUAGGUUCCACCAAAAGUGAAUGCCCUCAUCAGAAGGAAUUCCUUAAUUUUAGGAUCCUGUCUGCAGAGUUGUUUGUGCUGCUGCUUUGUCAGUGAUUGUUACUUCUGACCCCACCCCCCUUUUCUUCAAAGGUUUCCUUAAAUGCUCUUUUGGAGCCUUAAAGUUGGAUAUGACCGAAAUGAGUGGCGUGUCGCUGAAACGCAGCUGUGUGGUUGUCGAAGAUGACGGCGCCCCAGCUGAGGAGGCCAAAAAGCAGCGAGUCUCGGAGUGCAGCCUGCCUGCAGGUACAGCUGAGCCGGAGAGUGAAAGUCUCCUCGGCACCGGAAACGCACCCGGACCCCUGGAAGCCGUAAAUGCUGGGUCGGGGAACGACAACUCUGCCACCCAGUUGGAAGAAGAGGAAGAGGAAGAUGGUCUUUCCGAGGAGGAGGAGGAGGAGGAGGAGGAGAGCUUUGCAGACAUGAUGAAACAUGGCCUCACUGAGCUUGAUGUAGGCAUUACCAAGUUUGUAAGUUCUCAUCAAGGAUUCUCAGGAAUUUUAAAAGAAAGAUACUCCGACUUUGUUGUGCACGAGAUCGGAAAAGAUGGGCGGAUCAGCCAUUUGGAUGACUUGUCAGUCCCAGCGGAUGAGGAGGAUCCUUCGGAAGAUGUAUGUACUGUUUUGACAGCUGAAGAAAAGCAGCAAUUGGAAGAGCUCCAGCUUUUUAAAAAUAAGGAAGCCAGUGUUGCCAUUGAGGUUAUUGAGGAUACCAAGGAGAAGAGAACCAUCAUCCACCAAACUAUUAAAUCUCUAUUUCCAGGAUUAGAGACCAAAACAGAGGACAGAGAGGGGAAGAAGUACAUUGUGGCUUACCACGCAGCUGGGAAAAAGGCCUUGGCAAAGGUCAGAACUGCAGCAGAUCCAAGGAAACAUUCUUGGCCAAAGUCGAGGGGAAGUUACUGCCACUUUGUGCUCUACAAGGAAAACAAAGACACUAUGGAUGCUAUUAACGUGUUGUCCAAGUAUCUAAGAGUCAAGCCGAACAUAUUUUCCUACAUGGGAACCAAAGACAAAAGGGCUAUCACCGUUCAGGAGAUUGCUGUUCUCAAAAUCACUGCACAAAGACUUGCACACCUGAAUAAGUGCUUGAUGAACUUUAAGUUGGGGAACUUCAGCUAUCAGAAAAACCCACUAAAACUGGGAGAGCUUCAAGGGAAUCACUUCACUGUUGUUCUCAGAAAUAUAACAGGAACUGACGAGCAAGUACAGCACGCCAUGAACUCUCUCAAGGAGAUUGGAUUUAUCAACUACUAUGGAAUGCAGAGAUUUGGAACCACAGCCGUCCCCACGUAUCAAGUCGGAAGAGCUAUACUGCAAAAUUCCUGGACAGAAGUCAUGGAUUUAAUAUUGAAACCUCGUUCGGGAGCUGAAAAAGGAUACUUGGUGAAAUGCAGGGAAGAGUGGGCAAAGACCCGUGACCCAGCUGCUGCCCUCAGAAAGCUGCCAGUGAAAAGGUGUGUGGAGGGGCAGCUGCUUCGAGGACUUUCAAAAUACGGAAUGAAGAAUAUAGUUUCUGCGUUUGGCAUAAUACCAAGAAACAAUCGCUUAAUGUAUAUUCAUAGCUAUCAGAGCUAUGUGUGGAAUAACAUGGUGAGCAAGAGGAUAGAAGACUACGGGCUGAAACCUGUUCCAGGGGACCUUGUUCUCAAAGGAGCCACAGCCACCUACAUUGAGGAAGACGAUGUUCACAAUUACUCUAUCCACGAUGUGGUGAUGCCCUUGCCUGGCUUUGAUGUUAUCUACCCGAAGCACGAGAUCAGAGACGCCUACAGGGAGAUGCUCACAGCAGACAAUCUUGACAUUGACAAUAUGAGACACAAAAUACGGGAUUAUUCCUUAUCAGGUGCCUAUCGAAAGAUCAUCAUUCGUCCUCAGAAUGUCAGCUGGGAGGUUGUUACAUAUGAUGAUCCUAAAAUCCCGCUUUUCAACACGGACGUGGACAACCUAGAAGGGAAACCGCCACCCGUGUUUGCUUCUGAAGGCAAAUACAGGGCUCUGAAAAUGGAAUUUUCUCUUCCUCCAUCUACUUAUGCCACCAUGGCCAUCCGAGAAGUGCUCAAGAUGGAUACCAGCAUCAAGAACCAGACCCAGCUGAACACAGCCUGGUUCCGCUGAGUGUGACCUGCUCCGUACAGAGUGUGCACUGCCUGGCUUCCUGUUCCUUUUCCCUUAAUGCUGACCUGAAACAGACUUUGAACCUUUGUGCUAAAGGUUGUUUUUUAAAUAUCUUUAUUGGUUUGAAGAAAUAAUUUGCAGCGUUUUUGUGUAUAAACAUAUCUUGACGAUCCUAAUUUUAGCUCAGAGGAUAUAAAUUGUUCAGAAUAUAUUUCAGGUGCUUAAGUCAUAGCAAAAUAUCAGUUUUAGUGGCUUUCGAAGUUAACAGAGGAGUUUGAUUUAAAAUAGCAAUUUUUGGUUUUGCUGCUACGCCCUCAACGGAGAACUGUUAUUUUUAACACAUGCCACCUAGCGUACCAUAUGUUUGAAGGGCAAAUCAGAAGCAGAUCUUGACUAUGGCUGAAUAGAUUGAGAGCCCCCAUCUGUGAAUGUGAACACAGCACUUGCGUGGUUUCAGUGAUAAUGAAGCAUCUAGUGUUGUACCCACACGAAUGACUGUCGCCAUUCAGCUGAUGUAGCUGAUUCAAGAGCGGGUCCGUGCAUUGCUGAGUUGUUGUGGCUUCUGCGUUUAGCUGAUCAACACCUGAUGCCAGAGUUGCAUCGAUGGGACCUUUUUCUUGAUGGAAGCCCGUGUGGCUCAUUUAAUGAGUUAAGGCCUAAUUCUUAACUCUUGGUGCCUUCUCUGUCCAGAACUCUUCGCACAGGGUCAGACUUUGCUCAGAAACAAUGGGGGAGAAGAAAACUUGGAAAAUUUACAAGGGCUGCUUCUGCGAAAAGCAUUCACCCUCUCUCACCAGUGGCUUAGAUAUUUCCUUUACUGGCUGCACAUAAAACUCUUCUCUGGGGUGUGAAAGGAGAAACAGGCCUUUCCAAAGUUAUGUAACAUAAUGACCAAUUUUUAUUUUUUAUUGUUUCUAAACUCAAAUGUAAUAAAUAUUUUUAAA